AUGUCUUUCAAUUUCCAUACUACGCGUAGUGGUCUCAAUUUUGGUCACCCUGAACGUUUUGUUCAUACAGCCCUCACCCUCGCUCCUCUGCUCCUCGACAAUCUCAAGCUUAGCGAUGACCGUGCCCGCCGGACCGAAGCCAUCUACGAUGCACUAUUCCCCUUAGCGCCCCUCUCAUUCGAAUCGCCAGAGUUUGGUCCGGGUGAUUCGCACAUCCACAUGCCUUCGUUGACACCCGCUGCGGGCCAUGUUGCGAACGCCGCUGGCCUUCCCUCUCAUCCAGCCUCCAGCUCCACCAAAGCGCUUCUCUUCCAGACGUCUGCACGCCUCAUGAAACACGAAAUGACGAGCCGCAGGGACAAACUCAAGGCUAAGUAUAACCGUUAUCGCAAAGAGUCUUAUGAUUUGAAGAAGAUGGCUAAGGGCUUGGUGAACCGUAAGAUCAAGUCGCAGACCUCUAAGAAGAAUUCUGGUUACGAGAAGGUCAUCACACUUACCGACUUCAAAAUCGCCGAUAUCUCCAUCGCCCCAGGAGGCGACAUUGGUCGUCAUAGGCCUGCGGGGAAGUCCCUCCCCACUUUAGCGUCUCUCAUGGCACGUCCUGGCUGGCGCUACAUCCCUAAUGAUGGAAGGUGUGUUAUGUUUAGCGUCGGUCCAGCUCCACGCAACUCGAACUCUCCAUCGUGGGACACGGCGAUCGAGGGGAUGGCAUCCGUCAUGGAACGUCUGCGCUGUGAAGAAGGUGUAUCUUUUCUGCGAGGAGAGACUCACCACCGCCGUGGAGAUUAUACGAUUGUCUCCUCCGGUAUUACUCACGGGAACGGGAGGAAGGUCCCUGGUAACCUCAAGGAGCGGCAUCCUACUAUCGUCGAAGAGUUGAAGAACAGUGAGGCUAUUCGCCGCGUAGUUGGACACCAGGAUGCGCUAUUUCGAUAUAACGUACCAAAGCUUUAUAGGCACUGUGCCAAUCAGGUCGACGAACUCCUCGCUCACCAUGAAGACCUUCAGCGCCCCUUCUCACACUCCGUAUACACGACCUUUACGGAUAACAUGAGACCUGCGUCUGCAACCUUCAAACAUGUAGACUCGCAAAACCACACAUAUGUUUGGUGCGCCAUAACCAACGGUGGCAACUUCGACUUCGGGAAGGGAGCCCAUCUCAUUCUUUACGAUUUCAAACUCAUUGUCGAGUUUCCACCUGGAUGCACCGCCCUUCUUCCCUCUGCGACAGUGAGCCACGGAAAUACUGCCAUUAACCCUGGUGAGACUCGGUAUUCCCUCACACAAUACAUCAACGGUGCCCUUUUUCGUUGGGUUCGCAAUGGGUUCAGGCCAGUCAGUGCUCUGACCCGCAGGGAGGAAGCUGCGAACGAUUAUGAUGCAGAGGAUCGUUGUGCGGAGGUUCUGGUCGACUGGCUGCCUAGACUCCCGAGGCCCUUGUCCCAGGCGUCCUACUACCACUCCCACUGCCCGUCCUCCAACCAGACGAAUCUGUACUGA